CAAUGUGCAAACAAAGCCAAUGCAUUAUCAUGCAGGUCCGUUUCUAGAAUGGUUCGUCUGAAUAAACCACCUCUCCUCCUGCUGCUGCUGCUGCUGUCAUGCUCGCUGCACUCUGUUCGGGCCAUUGUCUGCUACCAUUGCGACUCGAUUGCCCUGCCCGAGUGCGCCCAGACCCUGGGUGAGGUCGGGGUCUUGCCCUACCAGGACUGCACCAACCAGCUGUCCUGUGCCAUGUCCAUUGUCGAUUCCAUCACGUACCGUGGGUGUGGUGCAGAUACCCCCACUACUGGUGCAACAUAUUCUAAGAGCUGCUCUCUGAACCUUUGCAAUGCUGGGGUCUAUCCUCCUGGGCGUCUCAAAUGUCAUCAUUGUGCGGGGGCGGAUUGCGUGGUGGCACCUGGGGCCAAACCAAAGCCAUGCCGCUACCAUCACGAGGAGGAUCAGUGCUACACCGAGGUACUAAAUGCCACCGAGGCCUAUCGCGGCUGUGUCUCGGAGGGAAAUCACACCGUCUCGAGUGCCGCAAAGCUGUGCGAGUACAACGGCUGCAAUGAUGAGCAGGGAGCCUGGACACAGACCUGUGUCACCUGUGAUUCCAGCAGUGGACGUGGCUGCAAGAUGGAUCUCUUUCAGGUGAACAGCGCCAAUUGCAAUGUGAGUCUGUACGAGGAUUGCCAGCAGGAUGUGCUGCUGGGUGAGCAGGACGACAAGUUCUGCUUCAGCUAUCGAAAGUUGAGUCGCGUAGUGAGAGGCUGCUCCACCACACUGCCAGCGGAUUUGGCGCCACUCCUAGAGGAGCUGGACAAGUGCCAAACGGGUGACAAGUGCAAUGCCCGGUGUAUUCCCCAGCAGCGUUGCUUGACCUGCAACUCCGUGGAUCAGCCACUGUGCCGGACCAAUGUCACUGCGGUAACCAACAGCACGUGUGGCUCUGCCGAGGCCUCCUCCUGCUUCGCCUGCGAGUACUCCGACUGGAAUAUACGCAGGGGAUGCGGUGCCCCACCCACCGAGGCGGGAAUCCUCAAUUGCUAUGAAUGCGACGCAGAGUCAGGCUGCAACAGUCGCGACUUUACACGAUGCUAUCGCUGCAGCUCGGAUCAGGCGGGAGCGGCCUGUGCCAACUGGGAGCGACCCGGUGGCAUAUACAUAGAGGAAUGUGCCCAACCGGGCGCACAGUGUCUCGUGCUAACCCAUAGCAAUGGAACCACCGAAAGGGGAUGUCAGCGAGAGGAUUUCAGCUGCACUUCUUCGAACCUCUCCGCCUGCAAGAGCUGUAAUGGCAGCUUCUGCAACAAAGGAGCCUUUCCGGAGGAACGUCUCUGGUGCCAUCAGUGCACAGGGAAUCAGGCGGACUGUGAGAAAAUCUCACGAGGAUCCAAUGCUAUUCCAUGUCCACUGCAGCCCAACGAACCGGCAGAACAGGCGGAGGCCUGUCUGGAAUACUACGAUACACACAAGCAGCUGGUGGUGCGGGGCUGUCGCUCCAAUCCUCAGAUGUACUACGAGUGUCUGUUGCAAAGUGGCCGCCAAGACGGUUGCCGUCUGUGCCACAGUCCAGCGUGCAAUUCGAGCCCCGGUGAAGACCUUCGUGCCGACUCCGAACUGGAAAUCAGAGCCCUUGAUCUCGUCUUGGCCAAGAACUCGUCGUAUUCUGCAACUCCAACGUCAGUGGUAUGUGUAAUUUGGUCAUUGUUUAGCAUAAUUUAUAUUGUAACUGCACGAAACUAAACUAAUAAAAGAGCUGGCAGCGUUUCCAUUC